AUGACCGGCCACGUUCAGCUUCGAAGUUUUCGCGUACCAGCAGAUCAUACUGUCCUUCCAGAGACCGCGAUGAAAAAUUCGAAAGACAGCUCUCUAUUUGAGGGACGUUUCAGAGCAACACGUGUGUGGAAUGGUAUGAUAAGGCGAUUUCGAAGUGGAAUGCCUAUAAAGCGACAUCGACGUCAACUACGCGUUUUCGAUGAUUGUUUCACUGGUCGCGAGGCAGUGGACUUCAUGAUGAACGAGCUGCCAAAAUUUAUCCAUGAUGGUCGGGAAAUAACCAGGUCGAAUUGUUCGAAACUUUUGGAUAUGUAUAUGAACAUGGGAUUGUUUUGUAAUGUGCGUGGAAAAUACGACGAUAACGAAGCAUUCAAAGAAAAUGAAUUGUAUCGGUUUUCAAGCGUUUCGCCUGAACUACUGGCUGCAACACCAAUUCUGGUUCGCCGCGCUGCUUCAUUCAAUGAAAGAUGUAGUUUCAGACAGAAUCGGUUUAAGGAUAAAGAUUUUGGAUUUACUGCUCCACAAAGAAUGCACAACAUUGGUUGGAGAAAUCGAAACAACGACCCGACGAUACAAGCGCGAUUGCCUAUUCCCGCAGUGCAGUCAAAUGCGCGGCUUUCUCGUCGCUUAUCAGCAUCCCACGGAAAUCUGCCUUCUAUGUUUAGCUCGAGGAAUCUGAACGAUGAGUUAUCCAGAAAGCCAGCUACUAGGGUUGUUGUAAGGGGAACGGACUCUCAGGAAAAAAGAAAUGAAGUGAAUAUGGAGAAUAGUGAAGUUGGAGAAGGAACAUCAAGAGAGGUUAAUGCAUUAGACGAGAUGAUCGCUAAAUUAGCCGAAGUAAACAGUAAUUCAGCCAAUUCUUCAGGAAUGCAAGACCUUCGACAUUUCGGGAAAAUUAUUCAGACCCGAACUCCGGAGAGCUGUCAGCCUUCUGAAUCUCCAAGAGCAGUUGUCAAUGAGCAACAUAGUGGUGCCCAUCUAUUCCUUGAUACCAGUGAAAUAUAUAGGAAUGUCCUACUAAAUCAGUUGCAAUCAUUGCUGCAAGUGGAUUCACUAAAGGGGAUUCUCGAUUAUGAUUUUAACAGUGCAGAUGUCCGCUGGAAUUGCGAACGAGUCGGGACGAAAGGAAUAGUUCGAGUUCAUCCUGAAAAUGAUUAUCUAACAAAUUAUGUAAUAACAAUGAUGCGUUAUCUAUCACGAUGGCCAUUCGAUACAAAAUUUGCGGAAUCCACACAUGUACCGUAUGAAGGAUUCGAAUUAAAUGUUUUCAAAAGUGUUUGUGAACAAUUUGAUAAAGACUGUCCCAUGCUUCCGAAUCCUGUCGCAUCGUCGAUUCUGCAUAUCAUACAAUUAUUUCGCCAAAGAAAUGUUCAACAACGAAACUCGACAGAGCUUCAUAAGGAAACAGUUUUUUGCGCUGAUAAUUCACCGUUUACACGUUACGUACAAAAAACAGUCAAUUCUCAGAAUCACAGUAAACUAGAUGGAAAAGAAGAUGGAAGUUCUAAUUUGCGCAUAACAGCAUCCCCUAGCAAGGGAUUUAUUGGCGAGGAACAUGUUAUGUCACCACCAAACACUAUGCGCUCUUCCGUAUCCACGCUAUCAGCAGAUAGUGAAACUUUUUCAUAUAAAAUGGCCUAUGAAGCAAUUUUAACACGGCUCCCAGGUCUGCAGCGAAGUCCCGAGCUUAUGCAGCGUAUCGAGGAACUGGCCAAAGCAAACUCGCUUGCCUCGUGUGCAAGCAUUCCUAGUGCACAAUCAUGUGCACUACUUGCUGGAAUUGAGGGUGAAAAUGAGAGAUUGCUGAAAGAAGCAGUAUCAUUAGUAAUGCUAACUUUGGAGCCACAUGUUCGUCGUCGAUUACACUAUUUAUUGCGCUUUAUGCAACGUGUCAGCCGAAAUUAUUGCUUGCGAAUGGAUAAACGUCGUGAUAAUCGUUCAAUUGUUCUCGAAGGUUUACCGAGCAAAAUACUACAUUCGUCUCAAACCAUCAACGCAUCACAAUGCCAUCAAUUGGUCAUAUUUUUAAUGGAUAAUGAAUGUGAUACUUUUUCCAUUCCGGAAUCAUUUAUUUCAGAGGUCAAACAUCAGCUGUCGCUACCACACGAGGUUAUAAAGAAACCGCCGAUCGCACAGCAGUAUACUAGUGGUAAAUCAUCAAGUGCGGAACGCUUGAAACAACACUUCUGUGAACCAAUAAAAGUAGAAGAGUAUGAAUCGCAAAAGAAAGAUGUUGAUAAUCAUCUGCUUUCUCUCUUGGAUGGCAUAUUGAAUGAUGAAAAUCUUUCUGUCGCAGAUCGAAGGCAGCGACUCAAAAAGUUCAGAAAGACUUACCCGAAGAUUUAUGCACAAAAAUUCCCAUCUCCUGAUUUACCGAAGACUCGAUUCCUCGACCGAAUUAGAAAUUUUCACUUCUAA